AAGCCGCUUGUCAUUCCUCGGCGUUCCCGCUGCACACGGAUUCAGCACUACAGGACGCGGCGUUACUCGCCCUCCGGCUCUCUGCAGCAAAACAUACGACUCGCUAUCUCUCCGUGAAAUGCUGGACAUUUAUCCUGCUUGUAAUUUUCUAAACGGGAGAUGAUGUUGAUGAGACACCGAUAUUAAGAGCACAACACCUUCCUUAGACUGCGCUGGUUACUGUUUAAAGGGAAGCGCUUGCAACCUCCGAUACGCUGGAUAGACGCCUUCUUUUCCAGAUAUGAAUCGUUGGGACUGAACCGUCUGUUUCCCUUCAUUUGAUGCUGAGACGAGAGACAAGGUUGCCAUGGAAGUAAAAGAACGCAGACCUUACCGCUCCCUGACCUCCAGACGGGACACGGAGCGCCGGUACACCAGCUCUUCUGCCGACAGCGAGGAUGGCAAGCUCAACCCAAAGUCUUACAGCUCCAGUGAGACCCUCAAAGCUUUCGACCAGGACUCCAGAUUAGCCUAUGGCAGCCGGGUCAAAGACGUUGUGCACCACGAGGCCGACGAGUUCAGCAGGCAGGGUGCGGACUUCUCUCUUAGAGACAUGGCCUUUGCAGAUCCAGUGUUGCCCCAUAUGGCAGCAUACAGGACAGAAAUGGGCCUGCCCCACCGUGACUACUCUGUCAGCGUGGGAUCGGACGCUGACACGGAAACGGAUGGGAUCAUGUCCCCCGAGCACGCCGUCCGACUCUGGGGCCGCAGCAACACUAAAUCUGGCCGUAGCUCCUGCCUGUCCAGCAGAGCCAACUCUAACCUCACCUUAACCGACACAGAACACGAAAACACAGAAAACGGUGCACCUCUCCAUUGCUCAUCUGCUUCCUCUUCCCCUAUCGACUCCCCCUACCCUCCCCCUUCUCAUGCAGCCAAUCAGAGCCAGGGAAGGUUGCUAGGUAACACUGGGGCUCAAGCCGGCCGGGACUCUGAGUCAGAGGAUGAGUUUGCCCCCAAUUCAUUCUUAGUUAAAACCGGCUCAGGGAACGACUGUGCUCCGGCCACUGCGUCUGCUAACGAAGGCUCCUUCCCAAAUCAUUCCCGACUGAGGACGCCGCCACUGCCCCUCUCGCACACCCACUCGCCCAGCCAGCACCACAGCGCCUCUGUUGGCUCCUUGAGUCACAGCAACUACACCCAGCGCAGUAACCCGAGUCCUGCGCCCACUGAUAUCUCGGCUCCCAAUGAUGGUACCAGUGCCCAGGAUCCAGGCAGUGCCCAGGACAACUGGCUUCUAAACAGCAACGUCCCUCUAGAGACCAGAAACAUAGCAAAGCAGGCAUUCCUAGAGACUUUACAGGACAACUUUAUAGAGAUGGACACGCUGGCCACAGCUCGCCGUGACGAUGCUUUCACUGAUGGACAUUUUCUGUUCAAGCCUGGUGGCACUUCGCCCUUAUACUGCACUACGUCGCCUGGCUACCCUUUGACGUCCAGCACGGUGUAUUCGCCACCGCCCCGCCCCCUGCCACGGAACACCUUCUCACGACCCGCCUUUAGCCUGAAGAAACCCUACAAGCACUGCAACUGGAAAUGUGCCGCCCUCAGUGCCAUUCUCAUCUCCGUCACACUGGUGUUACUGUUGGCCUACUUUAUUGCCAUGCACCUCUUUGGGCUCAACUGGCAUUUGCAGCCAAUGCAGAGGCAGAUUUAUCAGUUGACUGAGGACAACACGAGUGGCCUGCAUCUGCCCACGGAUCUGGGCCUGCCGCCUUUGGGCAACACGGGGCUGGAGUUCCCGGACAGAGGAAAAGAUGAUGGUAAACUAGAUGGCUUUUUCCCGGAGGACAGCUUCAUAGACAUGGGCGAGAUAGACGUGGGCCGCAAAGUCGCCCAGAUAAUCCCGCCCGGAAUCUUUUGGAGGUCGCAGGUCUUUAUCGACCACCCCAUGUACCUUAAAUUCAACGUGUCCCUUAGUAAAGAUGCCUUGGUGGGGAUCUAUGGAAGGAGAGGGCUUCCUCCAUCACACACACAGUUUGACUUUGUGGAACUGUUGGACGGCCGGCGGCUCCUGGCUCAGGGGGUGCCGGGCCUGGAGGGGCCGCCUUUUCCAGCCCAGCAGCGAAGCCUGGUGUCCCUCACCAAUCACGACACGGGUUUCAUACAGUACAUGGACUCGGGCAUAUGGCAUCUGGCUGUGUACAAUGAUGGGAAGGAAACGGAGCAGGUGUCCUUUCUAACCACCGCGAUCGACUCGAUUGAUGACUGUCCUAGUAACUGCUUUGGAAAUGGAGACUGCGUGGCCGGAAACUGCCACUGUUUUCCCGGCUUCAGAGGACCAGACUGCAGCAGAGCAUCCUGUCCAGUGCUGUGCAGUGGAAACGGUCAGUAUCUCAAAGGUCGCUGCAUGUGCCACAGUGGCUGGAAAGGGUCCGAAUGUGACGUUCCAACCAACCAGUGCAUCGAUAUCACCUGCAGCGGACACGGCACAUGCAUUGUGGGAACGUGCAUCUGUAAUCCGGGAUACAAAGGGGAGAACUGUGAAGAAGUGGACUGCAUAGACCCCACCUGCUCAGGAAGAGGUGUUUGCGUGCGUGGAGAAUGCCACUGUUUUGUAGGCUGGGGAGGGCCCGGGUGUGAAUUGCCACGGGCUUCUUGUAUGGAACAGUGCUCUGGACAUGGGACCUUUUUGGCUGACACCAACACAUGUAACUGUGACCCCAACUGGACCGGUCACGACUGCUCCACAGAGCUGUGCGCAGCCGACUGUGGUGGACACGGCAUCUGCGUGGCAGGCAGCUGUCGCUGCGACGAGGGCUGGAUGGGCGCCGGGUGCGAUCAACGGGCGUGUCACCCGCGCUGCAGCGAGCACGGAUCCUGCAAAGACGGAAAGUGCGAAUGCAGCCCGGGUUGGAACGGAGAGCACUGUACCAUCGCUCACUAUCUGGAUAAGGUAGUGAAAGAGGGCUGUCCCGGUCUGUGCAAUGGCAACGGCAGAUGCACGCUGGGUAAUAAUGGAUGGUACUGCGUUUGUCAGCUGGGCUGGCGGGGAGCGGGCUGCGACACAUCAAUGGAGACGGCCUGCAGCGAUGGCAAGGACAAUGAUGGAGAUGGUUUAAUAGACUGCAUGGACCCGGAUUGCUGUCUGCAGGCUUCGUGUCACACCACGUCUCUAUGUGUGGGCUCCCCCGAUCCGCUAGACAUCAUUCAGGAAACCCAGAUCUCCUCUAGCCAGAGCACUCUCCAGUCCUUCUACAACCGUGUCCGCUUUCUGGUUGGCAGGGACAGUACCCACGUCAUCCCUGGAGUCAACCCCUUUGACGGCAUUCAUGCUUGUGUUAUCCGAGGACAAGUGGUGACUUCAGAUGGGACUCCGUUGGUCGGUGUGAACAUCAGCUUCAUCAAUAAGCCAGCCUAUGGCUAUAGCAUCACCCGACAGGAUGGCAGCUUCGACCUGGUGAGUAACGGGGGCGUGGCCGUAGCCCUGAGGUUUGAGCGUGCGCCGUUUAUCACUCAAGAGCACACCUUGUGGUUGCCGUGGGGUCGGUUCUUCGUCAUGGACACUAUCGUGAUGCGACAUGAGGUGAAUGACAUUCCCAGUUGUGACCUGAGCAGCUUCACCCGGCCCAUGCCUAUUGUCCUGCCCGCCCCGCUAACGGCGUUCGCCGGGACCUGCAACGAGAGGGGUUCCGUGGUGCCGGAAAUUCAGACCCUCCAAGAAGAGGUGCGGAUCCCAGGUACAGACAUCCGUCUGGGGUACCUGAGCAGCCGGUCGGCGGGGUAUAAAUCCCUUCUGCGAAUCACCAUGACUCACUCCGCCAUACCGUUCAGCCUGAUGAAGGUGCAUCUCAUGGUUGCCGUUGAGGGAAGGCUCUUCCGAAAGUGGUUCUCUGCAGCACCCAACCUCUCCUACGACUUCGUCUGGGACAAAGCAGACGUGUACAGCCAGAAAGUAUACGGCCUGUCUGAAGCUUUUGUGUCCGUGGGUUUCGAAUACGAGUCCUGCCCUGAUCUUAUCCUCUGGGAGAAGCGGACGGCCGUCCUGCAGGGAUACGAGACCACAGCGUCCAACCUGGGCGGCUGGAGUCUGGACAAACAUCACGCGCUGAACAUCCAGAGCGGUAUCCUUCACAAAGGCAACGGCGAGAACGUCUUCAUCUCCCAGCAGCCCCCAGUCAUCGGAAGCAUCAUGGGUAACGGGAGGAGGCGCAGCAUCUCCUGUCCGAGCUGUAACGGGCUCGCUGACGGAAAUAAGCUGCUCGCACCUGUAGCUUUAGCCUGUGGAUCUGAUGGCAGUCUUUACGUGGGGGAUUUUAACUACGUCCGUCGGAUCUUCACCACAGGAAAUGUCACAAGUGUCUUAGAGCUCAGAAAUAAAGAUUUCAGGCAUAGCAACAGUCCUGCACACAAAUAUUACCUGACUACCAAUACUGUUUCGGGGGCACUUUACCUGUCAGACACCAGCAGCAGGAAGGUCUUUAAGGUGAAGUCUCUGAACACGGUGAAGGAUGUCGCAAAAAACCUAGAGCUGGUGGCGGGCACAGGAGAUCAGUGUUUGCCCUACGACGAGACGCGGUGUGGCGAUGGAGGGAAAGCCGUGGAGGCCACUCUUACCAACCCUAGAGGCAUCACCGUGGACAAAUAUGGCGUGAUCUUCUUUGUAGACGGCACCAUGAUCCGUCGCGUCGAUCAGAACGGUAUCAUAUCCACCCUGCUAGGCUUCAACGACUUGACUUCUGCACGACCCCUGAGUUGUGACUCCGUGAUGGACAUCUCCCAGGUACGUCUGGAGUGGCCGACUGACCUUGCCGUAAGCCCGAUGGACAAUUCCCUGUAUGUGCUGGACAACAAUGUGGUCCUGCAGAUCUCCGAAAACCAUCAAGUGAGAAUCGUAGCCGGCAGGCCAAUGCACUGCCAGGUUCCCGGCCUGGAUCACUUCCUGGUCAGCAAAGUUGCCAUCCACGCCACUUUGGAAUCGGCCAACGCUCUCGCCGUCUCCCACAAUGGCAUACUUUACAUCUCCGAAUCGGACGAGAAAAAGAUCAACCGCGUGCGACAGGUCUCGACCAACGGUGAGAUCUCUCUGGUCGCCGGCGCCCCUAGUGGCUGCGACUGCAAAAACGACGCGAACUGUGACUGCUACUCCGGCGAUGAUGGCUACGCCAAAGACGCCAGACUAAACGCGCCUUCCUCGCUGGCGGUCUCGCCAGAUGGAGAACUCUUUAUCGCAGACUUGGGUAACAUACGCAUCCGGUACGUCAGAAAGAACAAACCGUUCCUCAACCCGUUAAACAUGUACGAGAUUUCCUCGCCGAUUGAUGAUGAACUUUACCUGUUUGAUGUCAACGGGAGUCACAUCUUCACUCAAAGUCUGACCACCGGAGACCACCUGUACAACCUGACCUACUCGGGCGAGGGUGACGUGAGCAGCAUCACGGACAAAAAUAGAAACAAAGUUACCAUACGUAGAGACACAACUGGAUUGCCGCUUUGGCUGAUGGGUCCUGAUGGCCAGACUUUCUGGUUUACUAUAGGAACUAAUAACGCUUUAAAAAGUUUUGCCGCACAAGGCCAAGAGAUGGCCAUGAUGACCUAUCAUGGAAGCUCGGGACUGCUGGCCACAAAAAGCAAUGAAGAUGGAUGGACCACUUUCUAUGAGUAUGACAACUACGGGCGGCUGACAAACGUGACCUACCCCACAGGAAGGGUGAGCAGCUACCGCACUGAUUCCGACAGCACUGUGCGAGUGCAAACCGAGGGCUCCAACAAAGAGGACAUCACCGUUACCACCAACCUCUCGGCAUCCGGAACCUUCUACACACUUAUGCAAGAUCAAGUCAAAAACAGUUACUACAUCGGAUUGGAUGGCUCUUUGCGCCUGGUGUUGGCCAACGGCAUGGAAGUGUCUCUUUAUACAGAGCCUCACCUGCUGUCGGGUACAGUGAACCCGACUAUUAGCAAAAGGAACGUCACUCUACCCAUCGACAACGGACUCAACCUGGUGGAAUGGAGACAGCGUAAAGAACAGGCGCGAGGGCAGGUCACGGUGUACGGACGUAGACUGAGGGUUCAUAACAGGAACUUGUUAUCCAUGGAUUUUGACCGCGUCACCAGGACUGAGAAAGUCUACGACGACCACAGAAAGUUCACCUUGAGGAUCCACUACGAUCAUGCCGGACGACCUACAUUGUGGGCUCCAAGCAGUCGCCUGAACGGCGUCAAUGUCACAUACUCGCCGGGCGGCCACGUCGCGGGUAUCCAACGAGGCACCAUGUCGGUCCGAAUGGAGUAUGACCAAAAUGGGAGAAUCAGUUCAAAGCUAUUUGCAGACGGAAAGUCGUGGAGCUACACUUAUCUUGAAAAGUCUAUGGUGCUGCUCCUAUACAGCCAGCGCCAGUACAUCUUUGAGUUCGACAAGAACAACCGCCUCUCUUCAGUCACCAUGCCCAACGUGGCCCGGCACACGCUGGAGACCACCCGUUCAAUUGGAUAUUACAGAAACACGUACCGACCCCCUGAGGGUAACGCCACGGUUUUGCAGGAUUACAGCGAAGGUGGCCUGCUUCUUCAGACGAUCCAUCAAGGAACAGGCCGUAGAGUCAUAUACAAGUACGGCAAGCUUUCCCGCCUGCUCGAAAUCCUUUAUGACACGACACGGAUUGCCUUUUCUUACGAUGAAUCUGCUGGUAUGCUGAAAACCGUGAGCCUUCAAAGCGAAGGUUUUGCGUGCACCAUUCGCUACAGGCAGAUCGGACCCCUCAUCGACAGGCAGAUCUUUCGGUUUAGUGAAGAAGGCAUGGUGAACGCCCGGUUCGAUUACAACUACGACAACAGCUUCCGGGUCACGAGCAUGCAAGCGGUCAUCAAUGAAACUCCGCUGCCCAUCGACCUCUACCGCUACGAUGACGUCUCCGGCAAAACAGAGCAGUUUGGAAAGUUCGGAGUCAUCUACUAUGAUAUCAACCAGAUCAUCACCACAGCCGUCAUGACCCACACCAAACACUUUGAUGCUUACGGACGUGUUAAAGAGGUGCAGUAUGAGAUCUUCCGUUCGCUGAUGUUCUGGAUGAUGGUUCAGUAUGACAACAUGGGCCGAGUGGUUGCCAAGGAGCUCAAAGUGGGGCCUUAUGCAAAUACAACACGUUACGCCUACGAGUACGAUGCUGAUGGUCAACUCCAGGUCGUGUCCAUCAACGACAAACCUCUGUGGCGCUACAGUUAUGACCUGAAUGGAAAUCUACACCUUUUAAGUCCGGGAAACAGUGCCAGACUAACACCCCUCCGCUAUGACUUACGGGAUCGCAUCACACGAUUAGGCGAUGUGCAGUACCGUCUGGACGAGGAUGGGUUCCUCAGACAAAGAGGCAAUGAUUUCUUCGAAUACAACUCCGCUGGACUGCUGGUUAAAGCGUACAGCAAAGUAGGCGGAUGGAAUAUCAAGUAUCGCUAUGAUGGAUUGGGUAGGAGGGUAUCGAGCAGGAGUAGCCAAGGACAUCAUCUGCAGUUCUUCUACGCUGACUUGUCCAGCCCAACCAGAGUCACCCACAUGUAUAAUCACUCAAGCUCUGAGAUCACCUCGCUCUACUACGACCUUCAGGGUCAUCUCUUUGCCAUGGAGUUGAGCAGUGGGGAUGAGUUCUACGUUGCCUGUGACAACAUCGGCACACCCUUGGCUGUUUUUAGCGGUGCAGGAAUCAUGAUCAAACAGAUAUUACAUACAGCUUUCGGAGAGGUAUACCUGGACUCGAACCCAAGCUUUCAGCUAGUGAUAGGAUACCAGGGUGGCCUUUAUGAGCCACUUACAAGACUUGUGCACAUGGGCCGCAGAGAUUACGAUGUUCUUGCGGGCCGCUGGACCACUCCUGACCAUGAUGUUUGGAAGCGACUUAACAGCAACAACAUUGUGCCCUUCAACCUCUACAUGUUCAAGAACAACAACCCCUUGAGCAACAACCAAGAAACCAAGUGCUACAUGACAGAUGUUAACAGCUGGUUGGUAACGUUUGGUUUCCAACUGUACAACGUCAUUCCCGGCUACCACAAGCCUGUCACGGAUGCUAAGGAGCCGUCUUAUGAGCUCAUACACACUCAGAUGAAGACUCAGGAGUGGGACAGCACCAAGUCUGUGCUGGGGGUUCAGUGUGAAGUCCAGAGGCAGCUGAAGUCUUUCGUACGGUUGGAGCGUUUCGACCAGAUCUACGGAGCGAGCGAUUCCGGUUGCCCCCAGGCGCCUCUCCGUACCCUGUUCGCCACAGGCAGCUCGCUCUUUGGCAAGGGCGUCAAAAUAGCAAUCCGGGAGGGCCAGGUGACUGCUGACAUCAUCAGCGUUGCCAACGAAGAUGGACGACGGAUAGCGGCGGUACUUGACAAUGCCGUGUACCUGCAGGACUUACACUUCACCAUUUUAAGCUUGGACACACAUUACUUUGUAAAAUCUGGACAGGUUGAGGGCGACCUCACUCUGCUGGGCAUGACGGUGGGUCAGCGCACGCUUGAGAUGGGUGUGAACGUAACUGUAAUCCAAGUCAACACGGCGCUCGGCGGCCGCACACGCCGCAUCACCGACAUCCAGCUGCAGUACGGCACGUUAUGCCUUAACGUCCGCUAUGGAAGCAGUCCAGACGAGGAGAAGGUCCGCAUGCUGGAGCUUGCGCGGCAGAGGGCCGUCGUGGCCGCAUGGGCACGCGAACGCCACAGACUGCGGCAAGGAGAGGAAGGUUCCCGAGCUUGGACGGACGGAGAAAGGCAGCAGCUUCUGAGCUCAGGACGCGUUCAGGGCUACGAGGGCUUUUACAUCGUGUCGGUCGAUCAGUUUCCCGAAUUGGCCGACAAUGUAAACAACAUACAUUUCCUGCGGCAGACCGAGAUGGGCCGCAGGUGACAUGAUGGAGGGAGGAACGCACGCUUGGACGCGUUUCCAGGACUUCUUGCCAAAGACAAGUUGCUUUUGUGACCAUAUUGUUUUACUUAAUUUUUACGUUGACUGUGUCAGACUUAUUUUUUUAAUACAUGAAGUAUGCGUUGCGAACAGUACGGACUGCGGAGUGCCCUUCUCUUUUUUCGUAAUACGUAAACCCUCUUUGCCCUUCAAAUGCGACUGCUAAAGGAUGACAUAUGGCAGCGUUGGUGGUUUAUUUGGUUCUGCCUUCGUGUUGGUGGGUUUGCUCAAAGGAAUAUAGGAAGAGGGGUGGUAACGCAUUACGCUCACUGGCUCAGCCUGCUGCCAGAUGAGCAGAUUGUUAUUCACAAGCUUCACUCCACUCUGCCUUUUCCCGCGCCUCAGCCAAGGAGAGAACUCUUUUAAUCGCUUCUUUUUAUACUUGAAAGCCCACCGGCUGUGUCGUACAGUACUUAAACAAGGAUGCCUGUGUUUGAGAAUCAUUGCUACUAGUUCAGGGUUCUGACUGAGCUCAUUUUAUGUUGAAAACUUGUUGUGAUGUCUUGUUAGAUUUUGGAAAUGGGUGAUUGCUAUUAACUUCCAUACUUUAUACAAAAUUUAAUUUUGACCAUAUGGCUUCACAAACACAAUGAAAGUAUGUAGGCAAGGCAUACAUUCAGCCUCAUACAGUUAGCCCCAUGGUCAGGUUAGCCUGUAAUAAUAGCUCUGUUGCAAAAGCUAGUUAGCUGCCUUGCAAAAAAAAUAUUGUAACAUUAAUCCCAAAUGAACAUGGUUUGCCAUAGCAACCAUCGUUUAGCCAUGGUAGCCUAUUUGUAGUAAAAUUUGGUUAUGCAGAUGGUAAUCAAUUCACUUAAAAUAUGGCGAGUUAGAAAUUAUGCUGCUUUUGCGAAUUCCAGAAGACAUUGAAAGGAGAGAAUUGCUAAAAGUCUUUCAUUCUUAUUCAUUUUUUUCAUGUGUUAUGACCUUUUAAACUCAUUGGGGUGGUUUCUCGGACAGGGUUUAAGCCUAGUCCUUGAUUAAUUUAAAUGUAAGAGGUGUCUUUAUCGAAAACAAUUUAUACCGAUAUAUCUUAAAAUAUAUCAGUGUGAUUGUUUUGUCUCAAGAUGCACGCAGUAAUGUUUUUUUUUGUUGUUGUAAAGAAUGUUUUUAAAAAUGACUUAAAUAUCCUAAUUUAACUAAAGCCUAGUCCUGGUUUAAGAUAAUCCCUGUCUGGGAAGCCGCCCCAUUUAGUAAUGUUUUUAUUUUAGCGACAUGCUAACACCUGAGAUUCAAUGGUGAGUCGAGUCUUAAGGACUCUUACGUACUCCACUUAAAAAGUAAACAGCAAGGCGGCUCGCUAGUUUUUGAAACUGAGCUAUAUUAAAGAUUUAUUUCCUUUUACGAAAAAAUGCAAUUUCAGAUAAACAUUAGUUUAUUUCCUAGCAACAUUCAUGGAAAACCUCAUAAAAAUAGUUACGUACAAAAUGGGAACGGUUGUCCCUUUCUUUGCUAAUUGUUGUACUUGAACAAUGCCUAGUGUUUCAACACAGUCCAGAAAGGUCAGUCAAUAAAAUUGAUUUGGUUUUACGAAUACAACAAAGGGUCCAUACGGACCAUUGGUAAGGAUGACAGUAUUUAUUUUAGUGCUGUGUUUUUAGAGGAAUAUACGUCCUCACGUUUUGUCAAUGAAAUAAAGCGUCAAAUGGCAUGAAUGCUUAAAAAAAAUGAAGCACAUUACUUAAACAUGCACUCUGACUUUUUUAAGAGAAAUAUUCGGAGUGCUGUGAACACUGCAUAUUGUGGUAAGGACAGGCGAUAACCCUGCAAAUAGAUUUCCCCCGAGGGUCAGCGACAUAAGUGCUAUGAAUGUGAAAACACGACCCUCGAGGUCUGCCGGUCGGCUGAGAUGCACCACGGCCUGAAGGUGUGUUGGUUAGAGCUUGAAAUACACGUCAACUGACCUGGCAACCCAGCAUCUGGACACGUCUCUCACAUCUUGAACUGCGCGAUGCGUGUUUGGUUGGAUGCCGUUGAUAUGUCGAGCAUGCUGUCGCAUUGCCGUUUCACAUUAGCGUUCGGUACACGAAUGUUUCCUGCUGUCACUCAUGGGGAAAGCACUUGGGAAUGGUCGCCGUGACUGAUCAAGUGUUUCGAGCUGUAAAAUAUUGUCAAGCUUAUUUUGGUUUGUUUUUAUUGUCAUUUAAUGCAGUGACGUCAUGAGUUUGAUAAUAUCGGUGUAUUUAAAAAGAAUGAACGAAGGAAUACAGCUACACAUUGUGUGAAAUUGCACUGAGAACUAUGUCGUAAGGCUUUUAUUUUUUCUAACCUUUUGGACUUGUUUAGGUUUUUUUGUUUGUUUGUUCUCAACACUGUGUUUCUAAAUGCUUCUCUUUGAAAAUGUAAAUAAAAUGACAAGAAAUGGGCUGUAAAUACGAUGCAGAUGUAGAUACCUUUUAGAGCUACAGCAGUGAAUCUGUCUAGUCUUUAGUUAAAGACGAAAAAAUAAAGGAUAUUUUGUGUUUACAUUCAUUUCACGUUAUUAUGUUUUGCAUUGCAAUAUUGCCUUUUUUAUGCCCUCUCGUAAACUCUUUCAUGUGGAAAAAUGCACUUUAUUGCAUAGUAAUAGUCCUGGAUUACACAGUUGCUUUAGGCGAGUGCUCCAGGUGGCUGGAUUUUGUAUGCAUGCACGCAUUAUAUAAAGCAUGGAGUGAUGCAAAAAAGUUCCCUGUCGCUCCAUUUCAUGUCAAUUUACUUCUUAAGUGGAACUGCAAAUGAAUGCCUUUAAUGUGGAGUUUGACGCUAAGUGGUUGUGGCACCUCAUUGUACAUUGUCUAAUUAGAUGUUUACAAUUUUCGGAAGUUUCGCAAAGGUGCUUGAAAUAUUCGCACACAGAAAUGAAGUCACAGUAGCAGCGGGGAGGGUAGUCUCACAAACACAGAACCAAAUACCACCACCAACAAAUUUUGUGAACAUACUGUAAGUGCAGUACUUUUUAUACUUCAUUUUACAACAUGCAACAUGAAUGUACACCAAAUCAUUUGUAUGUAAAAUAAAAAAGAUCAGUAUGUUCUGAUCUAGCCAAUAGAUGGUACUUAAAUCAUGUUGAAAGUUGUGAUGCCACAAGAGAAACUUCUGUCAAUAACAAUAAUGGUUUUCUAAAGUAGGGACGUCCGUCUAGACGGGUAUAAUGUAUCUGUGCACUCACCAGAAUGUCUCGCCCCAUAAUUUGAAAACACCUGUUCGGAAAAAAAACUGGUCUGGAAAACCGAACCCCAUGAAGCCAAAAAUGAUUCUUAAAUGUUAAUGAAUAAAAGCAUAAAAUCAAAUUAUACAAUGUAAUUAUUGUACUCAAAAUAUUGAAUGGAAAGUGCUUGAAAUUUGUGACUAGAAUAAAGUGUGUGGUGCAAAGUUA